AUGAUUUCCAAGAGAGCUUUAAAUAAAGGGCCUCAAAGUUUCAAAGUGCACAUAAGAAGAUUGCCUCCACUUUUAAGAGAAGAAGAAUUCUAUGCAACUAUCUAAGAAUAUUUGAAUGACAUUGUGAUGAAAUAUUAUGUGAAAGGCAAAUUGAAAGAGUAAGAAAAAAUAGAUUCGAGGUGCUAUUUAUUUUUCAACUGUGAUGCUGCCAUGAGUCGAUUCAUCCAAGGAUACAAGAAGGUAUUCUGCGAUGAAAAAGGCAUCUAUUAUUAACCAGACAUAGGAAAGGCUUUGCUUCAGAAUCAAUAGGAUCAUCUGAGAAAUAAACCCAAACCAUUGGAAGGCGAAUAUUAGAAAACAGAACUCUACAAGAGAUUUUUGAAGUUUUUAGAGGAGGAAUAACUCUAAUAAUAAGAAAUGGAAAACGCAUAGACUCAAUAAUUAAAGGAAGAGCCAAUUAAUCCAGAAGAUAAACCAAAGAAAUUUGAGAAAGUUAAAACUCAUAUCAUUAUGGAAUUAGAGAAAGAAUACUAGAAAAAGAAGGAAUUGAAGACUUAAAUAGACAAUUUGACAACCACAAAAAACAUCAUCAAAUUAAAAUGCGAAGAGGAUGGGAGAAUCAUUGAAAGAACGUUUAUUUUCGUACCUAAGGCAAAAAAUUGA